AUGGAGGAAAAGCGGAUCUUAUGCGUUGGCUUAACUUGCCUGGAUAUAGUUACGGAAGUCGCUGGAUUUCCAAAAGAAGAUACGGACCAACGAUCAGCCGGGAUGAGCUGGCGAAGAGGCGGGAAUGCCAGCAAUAACUGUACAACUCUUCGAAAUCUCCAAAAAUCCUGUGAAUUCUUCGGCGCCAUGAGUUCUUUAGACAACGACGUCGCAUCAAAAUUCGCGGAACAAGAUCUUUCAUCCCUCGAAAUCGCGUUUGAAAACUGCGUUCGAUUUCCCCACCCUCUUCCGAGCUCGAUUAUCCUGCUGAACAACGAAAAUGGGACAAGAACGAUUGUGCAUCAUCGGGGCGGAAUGCCGGAAAUAACAACUGAAGAUUUCAAAAAACUCGAUUUGACGAAGUACAAAUGGAUUCAUUUUGAAGGACGGGCACGGACAAAAUCAGGAGAAAGACCAGAUGUUUCAGAAAUGAUCGCUCAUGCUCUUCAAGAACGGAAGAAAAACCCCGCUCUUGAUUUCAAAGUUUCUGUUGAGCUUGAAAAAACAUACGAAGGAGUUGAAGGACUCGGGACAGAAGCUGAUGUGGUCUUUGUCAGCAAAGAGUUUACCGGCAAAUUUGGGUGCGAAAGUGGCGAUGAAAUGGUCAAGAAAUUCAGAGAGAAGAUUGUAAAAGAUGCGAUGCUUAUUUGUCCCUGGGGAGAUAAGGGAGCGUUUGCCAGUGAUGCACAUGGAACUUACUCCUCGCCAGUUUUUAGCCCGGAAAAGGUGGUGGAUACGAUCGGCGCUGGCGAUUCUUUUGUUGGAGCUACGAUUGCGAAAUUGAGCGAGGGAAUGUCCUUGAAAGACACGAUCGAGUUUUCCUGCAAAUACGCCGGCGCCAAGUGCGGAAUAAUGGGACUCAAAGAUGUUCCUUUUCCGAAAUAA